CCAGCUCUUCAAUAUUUGGAGGUAAACAUUUAACACGACGAUGGCUGACGAAAAUACACCACACGUGCAAGCGAAAUUUUUCACCAAACAAUCCCAAUACUCCAUACCAGACACACCAUACUCUGUUCCAGCUGCGGUGGGAACCUCAGAGCUCAGUUCACUGAUCAACCAGAUCUUAAAAGGAAGUGAUGAUUCUGUGGAUGCUGGCAUUGAGUUUGAUUUCCUGUUGGAUGGAGAGUUUUUGCGAGUACCGCUCGAUAAACACCUUGAAAACAGAGGAGUAUCCUCAGAAGAUAUAGUAGAGAUAGAAUUUGUUGAAAGACAACCAGCCCCCAAACCAGAGGAUUCUCUCCUGCAUGAUGACUGGGUCAGCUGUUUACAGGGAUGCAAGGAAUGCAUUUUGUCUGGUAGCUAUGACAACACAGUAAGAAUAUGGACCACAACAGGAGCCCCACUCCUAACAAUUCCAGGUCAUUCUGCUCCAGUCAAGUGUGUCAAAUGGCUCAGUGGAGAUGGUGGACCAACUUGCAGAUUCAUCUCUGGGUCACACGACCAGACCAUAUUGAUCUGGGAUUGGCACAGGGAGGAGAAUUCAGUGGAGUGUGUCCAUGCAUGUCGAGGCCACGCGGGGAGUGUGGAUUGCAUUGCCAUUAAUGAGGAAAGAGAUAAAUUUGUCAGUGGUUCCUGGGACAAGAUGUUGAAACUCUGGUCUGCAGCUCCUGUGGCUGAGGGAGACCAAGAGGAACAGUUAGAGGCCCCAACCAAGAAACAGAAGAUCUCCAAGAAAGUCCAAACUCGAGUACCGGUUCUGACACUGUCUGGUCACACAGAGGGAAUAUCUGCGGCCGAGUGGUUAAGUAGGUCAGAGGUCUGCACGGCAUCAUGGGAUCACACGCUGCGUCUGUGGGACAUGGAGAGAGCAACGCAAACCUCACAAAUGCAAGGCACCAAGGUGUUCCUAGAUAUGUCAUACUCCCUCCUCAAUAGACAAAUAGUCACAGCAUCUGCUGACCGUCAUCUCCGGCUGUGGGACCCAAGAACUACAGAUGGUGCUAUAGUGAAGUGUACCUACACAUCACACAAUGGAUGGGUGUCCAGUGUUAGCUGGUCCCCUGUAAACCAGUACCUCUUCAUCUCGGGCUCAUACGACACAGUUAUGAAAUUAUGGGACACAAGAAGUCCGAAAGCACCUUUGUACAACAUGAGUGGUCACGAAGAAAAAAUCCUGGCAGUUGAUUGGUCGAUUCCUAGCCUUCUUCUGUCAGGAGCGGCUGACAAUCACCUGAAGGUCUUCCAGUAUAAUGAUCAAAAACAUGGGACGUGACAACAGCCAUAAAACUUAUAUUGACUUCAUAAAUUUUAUGUUAUGCUUAGACAUGUACCUGCUGAUUAAAAAGAUAUUGCAAAAAUUG